AUGAAGUCCGCGCUGUUCGGCCGUUUCUUCAUCCUCCUGCCCUGGAUCCUGAUCGUCAUCAUCAUGCUCGACGUGGACACGCGCAGGCCGGCGCCCCCGCUCACCCCGCGCCCUUACUUUUCUCCCUACGCGGUGGGCCGCGGGGGCGCCCGACUCCCGCCCCGCAGGGGCGGCCCCGACAGCGGGCCCGGGCGCGGCUGGGAGAAGCGCAACGAGUCGCGGCCACACGCGCGGCCGCGGCCGGAGCCGCCCCUGCCCACCAUCUAUGCCAUCACGCCCACCUACAGCCGCCCGGUGCAGAAAGCCGAGCUGACCCGCCUGGCCAACACCUUCCGCCAGGUGGCGCAGCUGCACUGGAUCCUGGUGGAGGACGCGGCGGCGCGCAGCGAGCUGGUGAGCCGCUUCCUGGCGCGGGCCGGGCUGCCCAGCACGCACCUGCACGUGCCCACACCGCGGCGCUACAAGAGGCCCGGGCUGCCGCGCGCCACCGAGCAGCGCAACGCCGGGCUCGCCUGGCUGCGCCAGAGGCACCAGCACCAGCGCGCGCAGCCCGGGGUGCUCUUCUUCGCCGACGACGACAACACCUACAGCCUGGAGCUGUUCCAGGAGAUGCGAACUACCCGCAAAGUCUCCGUCUGGCCGGUGGGCCUGGUGGGCGGGCGGCGCUACGAGCGGCCGCUGGUGGAGAACGGCAAGGUCGUGGGCUGGUACACCGGCUGGAGAGCAGACAGGCCCUUCGCCAUCGACAUGGCAGGAUUUGCUGUAAGUCUUCAAGUCAUCUUGUCCAAUCCAAAAGCCGUAUUUAAGCGCCGUGGAUCCCAGCCAGGGAUGCAAGAAUCUGAUUUUCUAAAACAGAUAACAACAGUUGAAGAACUGGAACCAAAAGCAAAUAACUGCACCAAGGUUCUCGUGUGGCACACGCGGACAGAGAAGGUUAAUCUAGCCAACGAGCCAAAGUACCGCCUGGACACAGUGAAAAUUGAGGUAUAA